AUGGCAGGACUCUCGGAUCGAUACUCAUCGACGAAGGGUUCGAGGCAUCAAUCAUCUCAUGCUUCAAACCUUUUCGAGCCUGCAACCAGUACUACUGAUACGGGAGUAUCUGAAAUAGGGCGCCUCCCAUUUCACGUCCAUGAAAUGUUGAGCCAUGCCAGUGCGCAAUUGAUUUCCCAUAAUCAAAAGGCGCUCGAAGAUAAAACCACCAGGGUGGGUUCUUUGAAAGCGAUAACCUCUCAAGGAAGUUGCAAUACGCUUGAUAUUCGCUGUGGCAAAUUGGAUUCUCGAGAUGACCACGUGACAGUUCCACGUAUCACUGCAGCUGGCUCUGGAUACACCUAUGCUCAUGCCCCUAAAACACGUUUUGGUGACCAGCAGUCCGAUCCUCACCGCAAGAAGCAAAUCCAAAUCAACUAUCUGGACAGCUUGGCUUCACGGAUCCCUACACCAGGUUCCCUUCACAAUGAACUGCAAGCCAAAGAAAACCUGCGAGUUAUACUUACAAAGGUUGCACAGGAGGCACUAGAAAAGUAUGCCCUAAAACAUGGCUAUACUGUGGGACCUAAAGCCAUUGAUCUCAAGUGCUUCGGCAGUUUACGCAAUGGAUUCAUUCUACCCAAUACUGACCUUGACCUGAUGGUGAGAAUGCAUCAGUCAUCUUUUCCCAAAGAACUUGAAAAAGAGUGUUCGCAGAUUCUCGAAAGUGCGUUCCUAGAUGCUGGAUUCGGUGCUUACUUGCUGCCGGAUACUAUGACCCCUAUAAUCAAAUUGUGUGAGAAACCUUCUCAAGAAUUCUUGGAUAUAAUGGUAGGAGAGCGCGAAAGACGUCAAAUCCCAAAAACGCAUCAACCAUAUAACCAUCAGCCCGGUUAUCACACCGGCUCUUAUUAUUCGAACCAGAAUGCUUGGUGUUUGUCUGAUACACUGCGUUCCCGCCAUAAAACAGAUUAUUUUGGGUUUUCGCAGGCAGGGCUUGGUAUUCGUUGCGAUAUCAAUUUCUCUGGAAGCAUGCCUCUAUACAACACAGAGCUGCUCCGUUGCUAUGCCCUUUGUGAUGAGAGGGUACGCCUCAUUGGUGUCUUUGUGAAAAUGUGGGUAAGAGCUCGGAAGAUCAAUGACCCAUACCGUGGAACCAUGUGCUCAUACGGAUACAUUCUCAUGGCCAUACAUUACCUCAUGAAUGUUGCCAAUCCACCGCUGGUACCUAAUCUUCAGGCGGUGCCGCGAUCAUUCCCCGGGCACGUGGAGGCCACAAACAUAAAUGGAUAUGAUGUUCGUUUCUUGAAUGAUGAGUCUGAACUCAGGGCAAUCUCCAAGCGCAAUAGGCUUUCUGGUAAUCAGCAAUCUGUUGGCGAACUUCUCCGCGGUUUCUUUGCAUACUAUGGAACCCGAGGAAGCGGCUCACCACAGGGUAGCUUCCACUGGGCCAACAAUGCAAUUUCAAUUCGGACCCAAGAUGGUAUCAUUCCAAAAGACGAGAAGGGUUGGCACACCGCCAAGACUGAUCGCAACGGAAAUCGACUCAGAUUUCUACUUGCCAUAGAAGACCCUUUUGAGCAUGAGCAUAAUAUCGCGGCUACAGUCACUGAGGGAGGAGUUAGCACAAUCAGAGCAGAGUUCAAUCGUGCCCAGACCAUCAUAAAUCGCAUUCAAGAAAUACCCGGAGUUGGAUGGGAAUGGCGCACAGAUGAGGGCGACGUAGGUCAAGACCUCCUCGCAGAAGCACAAGAUCUGUCGAACUCCUGCCGUCAACCCAGAAACCCGGGGUCACCUACAGGACCAGGUCACCUAGAUUGUGUGCCCGAACUUUGUACUGCUCGAAUGGAUAAUAAUCCUAGAGGUAGACCGAUAUCGAAGUCUUCCAGUUUAAACGGCCAUCCAAGCGCCAUACCCGGACCCCAGUCAAGCUGUGCAGGGUCCGCUUCUGACAAUCCUGCUAAAUGUGCGCAUCACGACACUUUUCAUCUUCGAUCUUAUGAUCAUUGCGGCAAUACUACUAUCGGCGGCCCUAUUCGGGUUACAGGGAAACAUGAUGCAUCUGGUCCUACCAUGCCUCCGGCUUCACCACUCCACGCAAAUAGCUCCUUGAUGCGUCUGUUAGUUUCCUCGAUUACAGAUGAUGAACAAACAGUACAAGAGUUCCGACAACCCGCCGGUUUGGCUACCGAAGUUACGCCUGACCCCAAAUAUAGACAGGGAGCUCAGGAUAUCAACUUUUGGGGUGCUAGGUUACAGUCUCCGGAUCGGUUCCUGGCCUCCCCCUCUCAGGCUAAGAUUAUGGGUUCCAGUAGUUCAGGGUUUGUCAUUGACGGGCACAAGCCUAUUGUGCAAAUAUCGGAAGGUGCCCCUAAAGUUCAGCAGCUGACAGUACCACACACAUCUCGGUUUCGCGGAGUUUCCCUUGACUUAAGACAAUUCCAUGGACCAGGUGUUAUUCGCGAUAGGCGCGCUGCUUCCAAGCACGGACCAACCGACUUCUUGAAUCCUAGCCCUAAUGAUAAUGUGGCUGUUGCUUCCGAUACUGAAAGUGCCUGUCAAGUGGAUGACCUUGGAAAAAGCGAGCUACUAGCCAAUCUUCCUUUUGGCGGCUGA